GGUCUGGGAGGUCGAGGCUAAGAAAUGGUGUACAGUACAGUAUCUACUGGAAAGAGCACUCUGGACACUCAUUACUAUUUUCAGAUUUAUGUCACCACUACAGUAGAGAUGGCGGAGCCAGUAAGGAAAAAGCUCGCUGCCGUGGCCGACAAAGGUGGCGCUCACAAAGACAUGGUCGAGAAGUAUCGUGGAGUGUUGGAAAACAUUUUGAAAACUGGAUCAGGACUAGGCGACGGUUUGAAAGCGUUCGCAGAGGCGAUGGUGCAAGAGAAUGUCAAUUUGGUUGUGUCUCGUCCCAUCCUGCAUGACUUCUGCACUGGCCUCAGCUCGCUACCAGAUGCCGUAGCCAAAGACGUGUCUCACUUUACUCUGGAACGACUGCAACCUCGAGCUAUUUCAUUUGAAGAGCAGGUUGCAACUCUGAGACAGCAUUUGGCUGACAUAUACGAGAAAGAACAAGAAUGGCGUGAAGCGGCUCAAGUGCUCUCGGGUAUUCCCUUAGAAACGGGUCAAAAACAAUACUCAGUGAACUACAAGAUGGAAACAUAUUUGAAGAUCGCGCGUUUGUACUUGGAAGACGAAGAUCCAGUUCAGGCUGAAGCAUACAUCAACAGAGCAUCUCUCUUGCAGAACGACACAACCAACGAACAGCUUCAUAUAAUGUACAAGGCGUGUUAUGCACGAGUUUUAGAUUACAGGAGGAAGUUUAUUGAAGCUGCUCAGCGUUACAUGGAACUGUCGUAUAAGAGUGCGGUUCAUCCGGACGAGUGCAUGCAGGCUCUGCAGAAUGCUCUACACUGUACUAUCCUUGCAUCAGCGGGUCAGAGACGAUCUCGAAUGUUGGCAUCUUUGUUCAAGGACGAGCGUUGUCAACAGUUUCCAGCACACGGUAUUCUAGAAAAAAUGUAUCUCGAUCGCAUCAUUCGAGGUCCCCAGCUGCAAGAGUUUGCAGCAAUGCUGCAACCACAUCAGAAAGCGGUGACGGCUGACGGUACGAGUAUUCUUGACCGAGCGGUCAUCGAACACAACAUUCUGUCUGCCAGCAAACUGUACAACAACAUAACGUUUGAGGAGCUAGGACGGUUGCUCGACGUCUCACCAGCGAAAGCUGAGAAGGUUGUGUCUCAGAUGAUCACGGAAGGCCGGAUGAACGGCACUAUCGAUCAGAUCGACGGUAUCAUUCAUUUCGAAGCUCGAGAGCCACUACCGGCGUGGGACCGACAGAUCGAGAGUCUCUGUUACCAGGCAAAUGGAAUUCUCGACAAGAUCAGUCAACUAGCACCCGAGUGGACGACGAGUGCGUUAGACUCACACAUGGUUAGCUAGAAUGAUUGACGUUUUAUCGUACGUCGGUCUGUAAACCUUUGAAUGAUGCUAUCGCUGUACAUGUGUGACUCAAAUGGUUUGCUAAUGUUUCAGACUUGUUGAAGCUUGUGUAUUGCCGUUGUCGCAUUUGUUAAUUAAUAAUAAUGAUUACAAUAUG